AUGCCACGUCAAAGGCGAGAUGUCAAUCCAUUUUUGCAUCACGCGGCCCUUGCGGCAUGCCGUGAGCGAGGCCACGGCUCUCAAUUGCGCUCUGCAGUCCAGGCCCAUGUCAGCACCGGCCGAGCCAUUGCCAUUGCCAUUGCCAUUGCCAUUGCCAUUGUUAUUCAGAAUUGCAUCGUGAACGUCAAUGAAACAAACAAGACGCCAAAAAAGAAGAUUCACAUCACGCAAGUCCACGACGAGAUUGUACCCCCUCGUCUACAGAAGCCAGCCAAAACACCUCCCACGCGACAAGCAACAAGCAACCGACACAUCAUCCGCCCCGGUGUCAAUCCCACAUUGCCCACUGCAAACCUUGAAAAACCACUCCAUGCUCUAGGGUAUCCUCCGUCACAACGAUCAAAACAACAACAGCAGCAACAUGAAAACAUAGAAACAAAAACCACAACAAUGCCCAAGCCACCACCGCCUUCGCUCCCCAAACCCGCGCUCCCUCGCAACACAGCCUUCGACCCGUGGAACUCGUCGUCGACAGGCCACCAGCGCGCCGAGCAGCAACCCGGCACGGCGUGGCGCGCCUCCCGCACCGGCAAGCUCAACUCCCAAUUCCAGUCCGGGUCUGCCGGCGGGCCCCGGACCCAGGACACCCGCGGCCCCGGGGCGCGAGGCGCGAGCGUCGCCGAUAUGCUCAGGACGCCCGGCCUGAUGGGCGAGUCCCUCGGUGGCCGUCCCCCUCCGAGGCAGGACGAUGCCGAUGACGCCGCCGCGCCUCGGGGCAUUUUCGCCGGGUGCGUCGUCUACGUCAACGGGAGCACGUAUCCCCUCGUGUCAGACCACAGGCUGAAGCACGUGCUCUGCGAGAAUGGCGCGCAGGUGAGCGUGCACCUGGGCAGGAGGAGGGUCACGCACGUCAUAUUGGGAAGGCCGGCGGGCGGCGUGGCCAAGGGCGCCGGGGGCGGGUUGGCCGGCGGCAAGAUGGACAGGGAGAUACGGAGGGUUGGCGGCGUAGGGGUGCGCUUUGUAGGGGUCGAGUGGGUCUUGGAGAGUCUCAAGGCAGGCAAGAGGUUGCCAGAGGCGCGGUUUUCGAAUUUCAAGGUUGCGGCCAGGGGGCAGGGAAGUGUAUACGGAUUGUCUUCUGGGAGUGGCGUUGCCGGGGGGAGUUUGCCAUGA